AUGAUCCCUGUUUUAUCGGCUAUUUAUCCCAUAUAUGUCCUAUAUGGGGGUAGAAUUACCACCUGGCAGAAUUAUUCUGUGAUCCCCGAUGGGCUUCUCGGAACUGGAAUCAUUCGGUGCUUAACCGGUCAAUACAUUUAUGAUACCAUUGAAGCUACCCAAGCGGAUGAUAACAUUGAAAUGACAACGGUUUAUUACAGGGAUUUGGAUUCAACACCGAGAAAUACUGAAGAUGAUAAGAAACUAAACACCAUUCAAAAAUUAAUUAACAAAUCAUUCAGAUAG